AUGCCUUCACUCGGCUCAAUGUAUAUAUAUCCGAUACUUAUUCUACUGUCACUUACUGGAUCGUUUGGCUACGAAUACUAUAAUGAAUUCGCUGAUAUUCAGCAGUUUCCCGAUGGCAAAGUGCUCCUUGUCUUUCAGCACGUUCGAGUUAUUGAACCUGACGUGUGGAAACAAGCUACAAAUGGUCACUUUUCCCUACUGCCACGAAGCUUAGGAGAGGCAUUCAUCAAAUACAAUGUCGAGGAAUUCCAGCUAGUCUUUACCCAAGGGAGAUGGAUGUAUGAUAAAUGGGGUACCCUGCCUGUUGCUGCUGCAUCCGGUGUCACGCUUUCCACUGUCUUUCGUACCGGCAUCAAUGUUGACAAGUCAUGGAAGGGAUUCACACAUGCUUUAUCUGGUUUGUUUUGUGCGUCGCUCAACUUUAUGGAUGACGCUGCUACUGUUCCUUGGACUCCGAGAAUCGACACUAGUCCAUGGAAUAAUACACGGCAAUCUCGAUCUCGGUACUCUGCUCUCCCACGAGAGGCAGUUUGUACAGAAAACUUGACUCCCUGGGCGAAACUUCUGCCGUGUCAGACAAAAGCUGGAAUUGCGACGCUGUACAAUUCCUACAAGGUCUACGAUGCAAACUACCAUUCCUUGUCCACAUCUAUUGCACCAAAGUGUCUGAACGAGGAAUGUCGGAAUCCUGACAUGAUCUUUACUCAAAGUCUGACGGUAGUGUUGGAUCCAGUGCGGAUUCGUAACUCGAAAGACUGGCUGUUUUCGAAUCUGUUGGACAGAAAACUUUGGAGGUCUUGUCCAGUUGCCAAUUCUAGUCUUGUUCGACUGAAAACGGCACAAGGAGACGACUAUGAGCUUGCAGAGGAAGCAUCUGUGAAAACAUUGAUUUCGGGCAGUUGUGUUUAUGAAUACGACUUCAGCUCCCGAUUGAACUUGGAUGUUGGUAUUCAAUGGAAUGAUGCAAUAAUUGAUUAUGUGACAACCGCCAACUCGUCACCCAUCAACAUUCGACGAUACGCCACUGGAUUUGGCCAAGAGCGUGGAGGUUUCCAUGUCGCGAUACGCAACCAACACCCUACAGAGUCAUUUGAAAUCACAUACUACGAGUAUGUGCCGUGGUUUCUCAAAGUUUAUCUUCACACCUACCAUGUACAUAACUCGCUGCAUCCUGGAGUACUGAAGAAUCUAUCAGUCCAGCCGACUAUUGGCCGAAAACGACCAACAAUAUUACAAGCUCUUCUGCACCUUCCCCCCAACUCACUCACUGAAAUGUCAUUCGAGUUUGAUAUGGCAUUCAUGAAGUACACUGAACAUCCACCUGACGCUAAUCGUGGAUUUGAUGUCGCGCCUGCAAUCGCAAUAAUCACCACCAUGAAUUCUAGUGGAAGCACUACAUACACUCGAAUGUUUACAGAUCCACUACUUGUCUCAUUACCAACACCAGACUUUAGCAUGCCUUAUAAUGUGAUUACUAUGACUUGUACAUUGGUGGCACUGUUCUUUGGAUCGACAUUCAAUAUGUUGACAAGGAACUUUACGCCGCUUUCUGUUAAAUAG